AGAGCUAGGGUUGUUUAGGCGGGGCUACGGAGGGAAAUCCUGACACACACUGGCUAGCUGUUGGAGCUGGGGGCAGGGCUUGUAGACGGAAGUGUCUCCCGACUGGUCCAGCUGUCAUCUAGAAGAGAGUGGAGACCAUUUACACCGGCUGCAUAGGAAAUGCAGAAAAAGGAAAAAACGCUAAAAUAUGGCAACAUCUAAACGAUAAGGUCAUGACGCCGAACUGAAGGAUAAAGAAGACGGAGUAAGUCAAAAGUGAACUUAAGAUUUACUGGGUGUCCUAAAUGGGGGACUACGGGUUUGGAGUUCUGGUGAAGAACGGCAGUGGCAACAAAUCUACUUUCCCUGUAAGGAUCCCUCCUCACCUGCAACCCCAGCACUCUCACCACCCUUCCAACCCCCCCAGCCCCCCUUCCUUUGUAAACAACACCUGCUCCACCAAUGGGGGAAGUGCUUGGCUGUUCCCUGCAGUAACCCCGCACACUAACAUGCAAGAUGAGAUUCUGGAGUCAGAAAAGUCCAAGGCCUUGGACCUCCAGGAUAUGCAGGAGAAAUCUCAGGUCCAGGCCCAGCCUCAGGCCCUGUCUCCAGGCCAGCAGGAGGCCGGUGGAGGCUUAGGAGAGCUUGAGGGAGCUCUACCUGACGACGGCUCCCUGGAGAAGGGCACUUUGGAGAGCAGUGCUGGCAAGGAGAAGCUGAGGAUGGAGUCUCCGGUGCUAAGUGGCUUUGACUACCAGGACACCCUGGGAAUGGGUACAAGCUGUGCACAAUCCACUUCUUCCUCAUCUUCUCUGACCAGCUUCAACAACUGGUCUCCUGCUGUCCCAUCUACCCAGUCUCCUGUGGUUGGAGAAGACGUUGGAGGUUUCUUUGGUCCUGCUGGCUCCAAUGCUAAUGGACCACAUUUGCUGUUCCACAACUUCUCCCACCAUGCUGGCCCUGGCUUUGGAGCAGGAGGUAGUUUCUCCCCACAGAUUGGGCCAGUCUCCCAGCAUCACCCUCCCACACCUCACCCUCAGCACUACCAUCCCCAGGGACAAGGGGUUCCACAGCAGCACAGGCGCUCCCCAGCUAGCCCUCAUCAACCCCAGCCUUCCUUCCCUCCACAUCCCCAUCGCACUGGACCAUUUACACAGCUGCCCCACCUUGCUCCUACCCAGAACAAACCUCCCUCCCCUUGGGGAAGCUACCAGAGCCCCUCCACUCCCACAUCCACCUCGUGGAGCCCAGGUGGGUAUGGUGGCUGGGGAGGUACACAGGGGAUUCGGGAUUACCGACGGGGUGUCGGCGGCGGGAUGUCAGGCCUGAACUCUAUUUCGCCACUGAAGAAGUCCUUCCCUAACAAUCAGGUUCCUUUGCAAAAGUUCCCCAGAAAUAGCUCUGGCAUCAACCACAAGGGCUGGGUGGAGGACAGCAUGAGCCGCAAUGACAGUGUUUAUCCUUUCCAGCAGGAGAGAACACGGUCCUUUGAUGGUUUCAGUAUGCAAUCUCUGGAGAACUCUCUGAUUGACAUUAUGAGGGCUGAGCAGGAUUCCUUAAAAGCAAGAAGUUAUGGGAGAAGACGAGGUCAUUCGUCUUUGUUCCCCAUGGAGGAUGAGCGCUCUUUUGGAGAUGAUGAGUCAGGUGACCAGGGGCUUGCUGGCCUCGGUCCAGGCCACUGCUUUGCAUCCCUUAAUGGUGAACGUGUGGAGCGAUAUUCACGCAAGGUGUUUGUUGGAGGGCUGCCCCCAGACAUAGAUGAAGAUGAAAUCACUGCCAGUUUCCGUCGGUUUGGUCAUCUUUUCGUGGACUGGCCUCAUAAGGCAGAAAGCAAGUCCUAUUUUCCACCCAAAGGAUAUGCAUUCCUGCUGUUUCAAGAUGAGAGCUCUGUUCAGGCCCUGAUUGAUGCCUGCAUUCAGGAGGAUGGCAAGCUUUACCUGUGUGUCUCCAGCCCCACCAUCAAAGACAAACCGGUGAGUUUUAGCAUUAAAGCUGCAUCCACACCAGAAGUGACUUGCAAUCAUGUGGAUCGCACAUGUGUCGUUGCCAAACGUGCAGGACCUAACAAUCCUUCCUCAACUUCCAGACUGAAGAAUAUUACUGACUGGAAUAUUAACAGUAGUAAAUACAUUAGAGGGGUGGAAGUGAAGCCAUACGUCCUGGAUGACCAGCUGUGCGAUGAGUGCCAGGGGACUCGCUGCGGAGGAAAGUUUGCUCCUUUCUUCUGCGCCAAUGUGACCUGUCUGCAGUACUACUGUGAGUACUGCUGGGCAGCAAUCCACUCCCGGGCCGGCCGCGAGUUCCACAAGCCGCUGGUGAAGGAAGGAGGGGACCGACCACGACACAUCUCCUUCCGCUGGAACUGA